CAUGGCUGAUAAUAUUCGAGAAUGGAUCGAAUUGCCUCAAGGCUUCGUUCGUGAAGGAACACAAUUCAUGAACAGAUGCACAAAGCCAGAUCGUAAAGAAUUUCUACAAACUUGUCGCGCAGUCGGUAUGGGAUUCGUGGUAAUGGGCUUUAUCGGCUACUUUGUCAAGCUCAUACAUAUCCCGAUCAAUCAUGUCCUAGUCGGAGGCGCAUAAACAAAUCUACAGC